UCAUUUUGUGAUGGCGGCGCUUGGGGAGUUACGCUACUGUUCUUUAUCAUAGGACGCGGUGUUUUCUUACUUCUGAACUUAAGAUUUUUGUUUGUUUUGAAUUAUUUUUAGUGAUAUUUAAAUAUGUGUUAUCGUGUGUACCAUUUAAAACAAACGCAAAUCUAUGCGUUUAUUGUCUGGUGGUAUCAAUAUAAUCAAUGUUGUGUUUCUAAAUAAAAAUAUACCUACAUACUUAUAAGAAGCUCAUAAGUCGGAUAAACAGUUUUAUAUGAAUUAAUACUUGUAAGAAUUAUACAGUUUAAAAAAGUGAAUAACAUCAGCAGUGUUCACUCGGUUCUUGUGUACCUAGUCGAACAGUCAACAUGAAUGAUGUUCGUGAUAAAGUUGUCCCCGGAACUUCAACCUGGGAGAGUAAUGCAACCCAGAGUGACUCAUCACCAGAGCUGCAGUCCUCUCCAAGUGCCAGUGGUGAGACACCUCAAACGCCAGGAGCACCUGUACCUCUGGCCCCACAUCUAGCUGCUGAAUUACAUCCAGAUCUUUUACAGCAAGGCUGGAGAAAAUAUUGGUCUAAAAGAGAGAAUAGACCAUAUUUUUGGAACAAGCUGUCUGGUGAAUCUAUGUGGGAACUUCCUGCAGUAAAGAGAGAUUUUGAUCCUAUCACUGAUCCAUUAGGCAUCUGCCACACCGGUCCAUCAAAUGCUGGUAACAUGACUCCCGGUGCCAACAAGCGUCGUCCAUCUGAGGAUAAUGGACCACCACCAAAGAAAUUUGUUCUGGCGGGGCCUUGGGAUAUUGAGGUGCCAACUAAUGUGGUAAUAUAUGAAAGACCCCCAACUAUCUGUCCACAUCCUCACCCCGAAAUAGAAGGGUUUAGAUUCACAUUGGCUAAUAAGUUAAGACAAUGCUAUCAAGAGCUAUGCCAUACAAGAGAAGGCAUUGAUGCUCCUAAAGAUUCAUUUAAUAGAUGGUUGAUGGAAAGAAAGGUCAAUGAUCAAGGUGGUUCAGACCCCCUUCUACCAAGUCAUUGUUUUCCAGAAAUAUCACAUUCAAUGUAUGAGGAAAUUAUGAAUGACAUUCCAAUUAAGCUUACACAUCCAAAGUUUACUGGUGAUGCAAGGAAGCAAUUGUCAAGGUAUGCAGAAGCAGCAAAGAAAAUGAUUGAAUCACGAAAUGCAUCACCUGAAAGUCGUAAGGUGGUGAAAUGGAAUGCUGAAGACACAUUUCAAUGGUUGAGACGAACUGUUGGAGCAACAUAUGAUGAUUUUCAAGAUAGACUAGCACAUUUGCGAAGACAGUGUCAACCUCACUUGGCUGAAACUGUGAAGGCAUCCGUUGAAGGCAUUUGCUUGAAAAUCUAUCACUUAUCUGCUGAAUAUGCGCGUAAAAUAAGAGAAAAACAUAGUGCAUUACUUAAAGAAAAUGGAAUACAGGAACUUCAAGCUCCACUGCAACAAGCAGCUUUGCGUAAAGUUUGGUGUUAUCCAGUGCAGUUCGCAGUGCCGGCGCCACGACCCCCCCUCGUGGAACAUUUUCUCGACCGUGAUCAGACGCUAUUACGCUAUCUAGGUGAAACUCAGGUCCUCAAUGCUGUCUAUUUACAGAAACUGGAAUGCCUGUACCGGUACAGUUGCUUCGACGACAAGAAGUUCGAGCAGUUCUUGUCCCGGGUGUGGUGCCUAUUACGGCGCUACGCGGCGUGGGUAGGCGCGGGCGGGGAGGCGCAGCUGACGCAGAUGUCGCUGCCCGUGCCGGUGCUCGAGUGUCUACAUCGCUGCUUCGGCGUCACCUUCGAGUGCUUCGCCAGUCCGCUAGAUUGCUACUUCAGGCAAUAUUGUUCUGCUUUUGCAGACACUGACUCAUAUUUUGGAUCUCGGGGGCCCUUUUUAGAACUGCGUCCUGUAUCCGGUUCAAUGGUAGCACAUCCACCUUACUGCGAGGAACUUUUAGAAGCGUCGUUGCGACAUAUGGAGAGGCUAUUGCAAGACUCUGCAGAACCGCUUAGUUUCGUCGUCAUCCUGCCAGAGUGGCCAGAUAGGCAAACACACGCAUUACACAAGCUUCAAGCCAGCCACUUCAAGAGGAAACAGGUGGUUAUUCCAGCUUUUGAGCACGAGUAUCGCCACGGUUUUCAACAUGUUUUGACCAAGAACGAGGUGUACUUCAGAUGGGGCGGCGGCACGGUGGUGGUGUGGCUGCAGAACGCGGCGGGGUUCGCGCGCUGGGGGCCCACGGAGGAGCGCGUAGAGGCGCUGCUGGACGCGUGGCGGCCGCGUGCCAAGCUAAGGGACGCGCCGCCUGCCGCGCCGCAGUCCGAGCCCGAGCCUGCGCCGCCGCCCACACCAGACAAGCGUUAAAUCUACUAGUAAAUAUUCACAUGUACAUAUUUAUACAUACGCUGUUAGAUGUAUAUUAAUUAAAGAUACAAUUGGUAUCAUUUUAUUUUAAAUCACCCUUCUCUGUUGUAUAGUUCGAUAAAGUUUAUUAUGUUUUGAUUGUUUAUUAUAUUUUCUGAAAAAAUAAGUAUUUCAUUUUUCCAUAUCUCGACGCCACCUUAAUUUGAAAGAAUAGGCUAAAAGUGUUGAAAACUUUUAUUUUUAAUAAUUCCUAGAUAUUAAAAUGUAGUCUAUACCAUUUUUUCGGUAUUCUAUGAAAAUUCAGUAAAAGCACAUUUUUUAUUAGACUGUGUUGCGGGGUACGAAUAAUUUGUGAUGCCACGACUAGGAAGUAUAUCAUUUUCGGUCUUUUGUCAGAGAUAUUUAUUGUGAUUGAUCUUAGAUACAUUACAAUGUUAAGUCUAUUACAGAACAGAAUCCUGCUAAUUUUAGAACAUUAAUUCAAGUUCUCUAACAUUAUUACUAAUUACCCACGAAGUUACGGGUACUUAGAUCGAUAGUGUUAUUUGUUUCAAUGAAAAUGUGAAUACAAGAUUUUCAGUAAGAACUUACGUCACUUUUAAGCUUUAUCAAAAUACCAGUAACGUUAAAAUAAAGUGAGCAAUUCGAUUAUUUUGUGUCGUAGUCCUAAAUUAAUAUUGGGGCUACGAUACAAGAAUAAAUAAAAUGGUUCAAUUAGAAUUACGAGCGAGUACGAGAAGGGGCAGAGAGUGAUGACUGCAAUUCAUAUGUUAAAGUUUUGUAGUAUACAGCAGAGAUAAUGGUUUAGUUUGUUAUAAAAUUCAUGGGCGUCAUGAAGUCAAGAUCAGUUGGAUCAGUCUCGCACCACCUCCCACCGCGAUUCAAAAAUAAUUAUACAGUAUAUGUUAUAUUUAGUAGUUAUAUUAGGUACUAAUGUGCAAAAAUAUGGUUGCAGUGAACCCAUAAAACUGAAAUAAUUGAGUAAUACACACAAUAUCUGGCUAGUUUUCUCUCAAUCUUUAUUUUCACGUAUAUAAAAUUAUUAUUUUUAAAGCAGACAUAAAUCAUCGAUUUUGCUGCUUGUGGUUAGUUACAACUAUGUCAUCUUGAUUUGAUUUUUAUAAGCUAAAAUCGACGAUUUUUAUGCCUAGAACACAAGACAACGUGUAUAUUACAAGAAGAGUGGAUUUAUAAGGUAAAGCCAUAGAGGAAUAGGUGUUAUGAAAACUAGGCGGACAUUGUAUUUGUCAAAUUAAAAGUAUUUUUGAUUGAUUUAACCAAGAUUAAGAAACUUUAAGAUUCAAAAUUUUAGUUACAUGGCCUAAUUCUGUGGGAAGGAAGGCAACUGUCUGAAAUCACAGUAACACUGUGCCAAAAUAUUGAAAUUCAAGGUGAAUUUGAGCAGUCUACUUAUUCUUCAUACUAGUUUAUGUAAUACUAAAGCAGAACAAGCUUAUAUAUUAAAAUAAAAUUAAUUAUGAUUACAUACAUAUCUUUACAAAUUAAAGUAAUGAAAUAAAUCAUGUAUGUGGCCUAAAAUUUUUUAGUACUACUGCCAAGAGUGCCUUCAAUAUAAAAUGAAUAAAAGGUAACUCGAUAAUUGUAAGGAUUCUUGCACUGUGCAUUAGGUUGGAUUAAAAAACUAUUUUAUUUUCAAAGCCCUAAUUGUUUUUUUGCCGAAAUUUUUAUAUAAAGACUUUAAUCAUUGCUGAUUGUUUUUUAGUUUCAGAGAAGUCUUAAUAGUCAUUGAUAAUAAUACAGAUAAAAAGCCAUGCUUGUACAAGAAUAGAAUACAGAAAGACAACUGUAUUUCUCAAAGGGUGUUAUAGCUUAGUAUGGAGUGGAGUUCUAGGUUGCCUCUAUGUAUUCUUCUCCUCCUCCUUUUACCAAAUACGGGAAAAUAAGUUUAUCAUAGAUAAAAAUAAUAAUUGGAAAACUCAUUCUUUGCUUAGCUAUUAUAUCAAUUAUUACAAAACAUAUACUUGGCAGGUAUGCUAGUGAACACUCAACCAGCUUCCAGGUCAGUCAAAUACUUUGUUUUUAAAUUAUUACAACAUCCAAAAGUUUGUAUAUUUCUUGAGAAGGAAGUUGAUAUAAUAUUUUAGUUAUAUUCAUCAUCUUCAUCCAUGGCAAAAUCAACUCCUGAGUCAACAGCACACACAGGAC